AUGCCCAGAUCUCAACGUACAGCUGACUUGAUUUACAACCCAGAAAUCGAAAAAGAAGAAAGGCGUGUAGCGAAGGAAAAGCGAAGUGAACGUGGUCAAACUUAUAAUCCUUACGUGGAUCCGGAGGUUGAAACCGCUUCAUUAAGUGAUAUAGAACCCGAUUCUAGUCCUGAACCUUGCCAAGAAAUUCCCGAAACACCACCCCUACAACAAAAUCCACCCAUUAUUGAGCCAAUUGCAAUGGCGGACGGAGGAGAAGUUCCCGAAAGAACUUUGAGGCAAAUGAUGGGGACCGAUGUUACACAAACUCCAACCGAGGAGAAAGAGAUUUUAGACACCUUCCGAAAGGUGGAAGUAAACAUCCCUUUACUUGAUGCAAUCAAACAAAUCCCGAGAUAUGCAAAACUCUUAAAGGAGCUUUGCACCAACAAGAGAAAGUUGAAGGGAAAUGAGAAAAUUUUGAUGAAUGAAAACGCAUCCGCGGUUCUACAAAGGAAACUUCCACCCAAAUGCAAAGAUCCCGGAAUUUUCACGGUUCCUUGCAAGAUUGGAGAUGUCACUUUUAGUAGUGUUAUGCUUGAUCUUGGUGCCUCUAUCAAUGUCUUGCCCUAUUCGGUGUAUGAAUCAUUGAAUGUCGGACCCUUAAGUGAAACCGGUGUCAUAAUCUCUCUUUCGGAUAAAUCAAGAGUCUUUCCUAGAGGUGUUUUGGAAGAUGUCCUAGUGCAAGUGAACCAAUUGGUCUUCCCGGCGGAUUUCUAUGUGAUUGAUCUAAAUGAGCAAGUGUCCUCUAUGUCGGUUCUAAUCUUGCUUGGGAGACCGUUUUUGAAGACGGCUUGGACGAAGAUCGAUGUGUAUACGGGAAGUUUGACAAUGGAGUUUGAUGAAUUGUUUGAGUUAUCUAACGGUGAUAUGUUGGAGAUGAUCUUAAGCAAAGGAUUCGAUUGUGGGAAGCUAGCCGAGCAAUUAAAGCUUUAUUCUUUGGAUCCGGAAGUUGAGAAGUUGGUAAAUAAAAUGGAGAUGAAGAAAUCCACAAGAUUAGAUGUCAAACAAAUUGAAUUGCCCCCAACUCACACAAAAUUGCCUCCAUCCCUUGUUCAACCACCUAAAUUUGAAUUGAAGGUCCUACCUCAACACUUGAAGUAUGCCUACUUGGGAAAGAAUGAAACCCUUCCGGUUAUCAUUUCAACUCACUUAAUCGAAUUUGAAUAA